UAUAUAUAAGACGGAGGGAGGCGACUUGAUUGAUAGAUAUAGUUAAGACUUAAGCGAAGCGAGAAAAGAUUUGAAGUUAGAGGGAGAAAGAGAAGAAUGGCUGAGAUCGAGGGACAAGUUAUCGGUAUCCACACGGUGGAGGCAUGGAACGAACAGAUCCAGAAGGGAAAUGAAUCCAACAAACUCAUUGUGGUGGAUUUUACUGCUUCUUGGUGCGGCCCGUGCCGAUUCAUUUCCCCAAUUCUAGCAGAGAUAGCUAAAAAGCUGCCAAAUGUCACCUUCCUCAAGGUGGAUGUGGAUGAGUUGAAGACUGUUUCUGAGGAGUGGGGUGUUGAGUCUAUGCCAACCUUCCUGUUCUUGAAAGAAGGCAAGCUAGUGGACAAGGUUGUGGGUGCUAAGAAGGAAGAGCUGCAACUGACAAUAGCAAAGCAUGCAACUGCAACUGCUGCUGCUUGAAGUAUCAUUUGAAUAUGUUGAGAAUAGAUUGCUGUUUUUGAGUCAGUUUGCAGUUUACUGUUUUUGAGUGAGUUUGCUUUAUUUCGGUAUUGGGUUUAGAUGGGAAUAGAUCAUUCUCAGGUUAAAAUUUUACAUGAAUUUUAACGUAAAGGAUCCUUUCCCGAGUUUGGAUUGAGUCAGAUUGUAUUAUUUCAGUAUGGGAUUGGACUAGGGUGUAUAUAUAAAUAAGAUCGUUGAACUAUUGUUAAUGAAACGAGCAAUAUGAUAAGCAACUAACUUGCAUUAGCAAGUGGUUACUAUAUAUAUGAAAAUAUUUAGCGUUGUGCGUCUUAAUUUUAUCA